UUGAAGGCGAAAACCGCCAUUUUCGAUUUUCCGUAAGGUGAUAAACAAUGGCUGAGGAUGAAGAAGUUCCAAUGGAGCAAGAUAAUGCAUCCAUGGGAACCACGAUAGGCAGUUCUGGAGUACCAGAGUAUGAGCCUAUUGUGGUACCACCAGGUCCCGAGGAGGCAGGGCUGUUCGACAAAACUGGCCCAAGACUCAUGAUUACACACAUUGUAAAUGAGAACUUCAAAUCUUAUGCUGGGAUCAAAACUCUAGGGCCAUUUCACAAGAGUUUUUCCGCCAUCGUUGGACCAAAUGGAUCAGGGAAGUCAAACGUUAUCGAUUCCAUGUUAUUUGUCUUUGGUUACCGUGCCAACAAGAUCAGAUCCAAGAAAAUCAGCGUCUUGAUUCACAACAGCGAGCAUCACAAAAAUAUCACGUCAUGCUCUGUCGCUGUCCAUUUCCAGAAAAUCAUUGACACUGGGGAAGGAGAUGAAGAUUUUGAUGUAGUUCCAAACUCCAAAUUUGUCGUAAAGAGGACAGCAUCGAAAGAUAAUUCCUCAUUUUACCAGCUAAAUGGCAAGCGUCUUCAAUAUAAGGAAGUGGCAGUGUUGCUACGGCAACAAGGAAUUGAUCUCGAUCAUAACCGCUUUUUGAUUCUCCAGGGGGAAGUUGAACAAAUCGCUAUGAUGAAACCAAAGGCUGCUACAGAGCAUGAUGAGGGAAUGUUAGAGUUCCUAGAAGAUAUUAUUGGGAGCAGUCGCUUUAAGGAACCCAUAGAGCUACUGACAAAACGAGUAGAGGAUUUAAAUGAAAUGAGGGGAGAAAAGUUAAACAGAGUAAAGGCUGUAGAGAAGGAGAAAAAUGACCUUGAGGGAUCUAAAGAUGAAGCCAUUGAGUACCUCUCUAUGGAGAAUGAUAUUGUGAAAAAGCAAAACAAACUUUAUCAGAAGUACAUAAAUGAGUGUGCUAUAAAUGAAGAGAAGGCGACGAAGAAGCGAGAUGAGAUCAAAGAUGGAAUGAAAGAAGUCACCGACAAACUGGAAGAGAUUAAUACAAAUAAGAAAGAGAAAAUAAAGGAACAGAAAAAAGUUCACAAGAGAUUUGACGCAUUGACAAAGAAUGUUGAUGAAACGAAGGAACAAUUUUCUGAGUUUGAACAGCAAGAUGUCAAAUGUCGAGAAGAUCUUAAACACAGCAAGAACAAAACCAAGAAGUUAGAAAAAACUCUUGAACAAGAAAAGAAAAAGCUGGAAGAAUUAAAACUAGUGCCUUCUGAGAGUGAAAAGGUUAUUGAAAACUUUAAGAAGAAAGAGAGUCUUCUUGAGAAAGAGAAAGCUAAAGAGGAAGAGACUCUGAAGAAAGUCAUGGACAGUUUGAAGACAGAAACAGAGGGACUCCAAAAGCAGAAGGAUGCAAAAGAGAAAGAGCUGCUCGAAAUGCAGCAGGAACUCAGUGAGAAAAAAUCCAAGAUGGACGUCGCCCAAUCAGAACUUGACCUAUAUCUGAAAAAUCAGCAGACAGCGGAUAUGAAACUGCGUGAAACUGUCAGAAAUCUGGAGAAAGCCUCGUCAACAUUAAAAGAAAGAAAAAGUGCUAUACAGGAACUGGAAAGGCGUAUCCCAGACAACCAGAAUGCACUGUUAAAGGCCAAGAAAGAUCUGAAAGAGGCAGCUGCACUUGAAGAGCAACUCAGUUCAAAGGUGAAGCAAAAUCGCUUGAAGGUUGAAGAAGCGAGGAGUGCGAUGGCAUCGUCUAAGAGCAAAGGAAGAGUGCUAGAGUCGUUGAUGGCACAGAAGAAAAAUGGUAGAAUUCCAGGCAUUUAUGGGAGAUUGGGUGAUCUUGGUGCCAUUGAUGAUAAAUAUGAUGUUGCCAUAUCAACAGCUUGUGGCGCCCUUGACAACAUUGUAGUUGAUAGCAUCAACACUGCACAGAAAUGUGUGGAAUACUUGAAGCGAGAAAACAUUGGGUCAGCAACUUUUAUCGGCCUUGAUAAAAUGCAACGCUGGGUUGAACAUACUAGAAGGAAAAUAAACACUCCUGAAAGUGUCCCAAGACUGUUCGAUCUUGUUAAAGUGAAGGAUGACACAAUAUUACCAGCUUUUUAUUUUGCUCUGCGUGACACCUUGGUUGCUAACAACUUGGACCAGGCAACCAGAGUGGCCUAUGGAAAGACUAGGUACAGGGUCGUGACCCUUGAAGGUCAACUGAUUGACCAAUCAGGUACAAUGAGUGGGGGAGGGGGAAGAGUCAGUAGAGGUAGAAUGUGCUCCAGCGUGGUUGGUACAAUGAGUGGGGGAGGGGGUAGAGUCAGUAGAGGUAGAAUGUGCUCUAGUGUGGUUGGUGAGGAGAUGAACCCAAAAGAACUUGAGAAUAUGGAAAGAAUGCUCGAACAGGAACAACAAGAAGCCCAGCACUGUAGAGACAACAAGGCAAAGUUAGAAGAUACAGUUGAUAAACUAGAGAGAUCUACCAGAGACCUGAAACAUUCUCUCAACAAGUUUAACAUGGAGAUUAAGUCUUUGAUUGAGCAAGAAAUCUCACUCGAGAACCAGAAGAAAGAAUGUGAGGAACGUGUCAAGGCUGCUGCCCCGGAUAAGAAGGAACUUGAGAAAUUAAAAGAAACUGUUGCUGGAUAUAGGAAAGAUUAUGAAAAGGUUCACUCUAUUGCUGCAGAAAUAGAAAGUCAAGUUCACAAGUUCCACAAAGAGAUCAUGGAUAUAGGUGGCGCUAAACUAGCAGCUGUCCAGUCACGUGUCGACACAAUUGGAAACCAGAUUGACCAAGUUGUCGGACAAAUUACAAAAGCCAAUGUCGCGAUCAAGACAUCUGAAAGGAAUACCAAGAAGAGUGAGAAGAAAGUGGAAGAUGUACAGCAAGAGAUUACGGAGAAUUUAGAGCACAUCUCACAGCUUGAGGUUCAGUUUAAACAACUUGAAGUUGAUGCAACUAAAGUCUUAGAGGCCUAUCAGCAAGCCCAGACGGAGAUGAGAGAAGUUGAGGAAGUUGUCGGAGAAAUAAACCAACAGAUAGCCCAACUUGAAGAAGAGGAAAAUAACCUGAAAAAAGAUAAUAUUGAAAUUAAACACGAAUUAGAAAAAUAUGAAACCAUCGUUAAAGAUAAUACCAUGAAAGUAAAACAUUGGAAAAAGGAGCGUGGAAAGUUAAGUUUACACCAAAUAGACCAAAUGGAAAUGGAGGAACUUCCUACCCUCCCUAUUGAAGAGCUCUCUGAGAUCAACAAGGAGGAUACUCAAUACGAAAUUACUGUCUUGGAGGAAAAAUUAGCACAGAUGAAGCCAAAUAUGGCCGCCAUUGAAGAAUACAGAAAAAAGGAGGAAAUGUAUUUAAAAAGAGUCUCAGAAUUAGAUAAAAUCACUGAAAUACGAGACAACCAACGAAAAAAUCACGAGGAUAUGCGGAAAACACGAUUGGAUGAGUUUAUGGCGGGUUUUAGUAUCAUCACGAAUAAACUUAAAGAGAUGUACCAGAUGAUAACAUUGGGAGGAGAUGCAGAGCUGGAACUAGUCGACUCACUGGAUCCAUUUUCUGAGGGCAUUGUGUUUAGUGUACGACCACCCAAGAAAUCCUGGAAGAAUAUCUCAAAUCUUUCUGGAGGAGAAAAAACACUGAGUUCCCUUGCGUUGGUGUUUGCGUUGCAUCAUUAUAAACCUACUCCGCUGUACGUCAUGGAUGAGAUCGAUGCUGCCCUCGAUUUCAAGAACGUCUCAAUUGUUGCGAAUUAUAUCAAGGAGAGGACGAAGAAUGCACAAUUCAUCAUAAUCUCACUGAGGAACAAUAUGUUCGAGUUGGCAGACAGACUUAUUGGAAUCUAUAAAACAGAUAACGCUACAAAGUCUGUUACAAUCAACCCAAAGAAAAUGAGUAUACCACUCCAGGAUUCCACGAAUGCCCAGUCAGCCCCUGGGCCUGUUACUGCAUAGGAAUGGAACACUCCCUCAGAGGAUUUUAUUACUGAUUAAAAAAAGCUAGUAUACCACUCCAGGAUUCAACACCAGCCUUCACCCCUGUCACUGGAAUUUGAUAAAUAAAAUUGGCGUUAAACUACUGUUUUAAAGAAAAUGAUACAACUUUAGGAGUCUAGCAAGACCAGGGACUAUAAAACAAUACUUUGGAUAUGAUCCUGCUCAAGAUUCAGAAUGUGAUUAAGAGUGAACUUUAUUGAGCUAUACAGUGUACAUGAGUAAAAUGCUACAAAUAAUAGCAAGUAACUACUAGCUAGCGCUAACUGUAUAGGAAUGUAGAACCAGCACCCCAUAUGGAGCAGAAGAAAGACAACAGGGAGGGAACGUCACACAUUUAUAAAAAGAC